AUGGAGUCCCAAAAAAUUGGGGCCAUCACGUGGGCGAAGAUUCCAGGACAAAUUUGGUGGCCAGCAAUGAUUAUUGAUUACCGAGACUGUGCAAUGAACGAACCAAAAGCAGAAUCGCAAUGGGUCAUGUGGUACGGCGAUUACACGCUAUCUCAAGUUAAUUAUAAAUAUUUCAUGGAGUUUCGUGUGGGAAUUAAGAAAUUUGAGGAUCACAUAAGACAGUCAAAAAGAGAAACGUACAAGCGAGGGAUUUUGGAGGCUUCCAAGGAUUACUGUACCUUUUCUGGAUGUCAGACAGAUAAUUGGGAUAUAAAUGAUAUUUUCAAUUGGUUCCAAGUGGACAAUCCAUCGUCCAAUUAUCUCGAUAACGAGAACAAUAAAUAUUCUCCGAAAAUUCGGAUGGAAUUGUUAAAACAUGUCAGUAGGACCAGCGAAGCAGCUGUUCGGGAGCAUAAAUUGCAAAAUACUGAAAUCUUACGCGUCAUCAGUUCGCAUCAUUCAGACACGGAAAAAUCAAUUUGUCUGAUGUGUUUGGAGAGGAAUCAAAGGACAAUGCAUGAACAUCCUUUUUUCAUCGGUUUAUUAUGCGAUAAUUGCAUGAUCAGUUACAGAUCAACUAUUUUCGCUUACGAUGACGACGGAAAAUGUUUCUUCUGCGCUCUUUGCACUGUUACCGAUACUGUCGUCAUUUGUGAUAAUCCUGAUUGUCCGAGAGUGUACUGCACUGUCUGUAUGAAAUAUUUAAUCGCUCCUGAUUCAUAUCGUGAAGUUCUUAAAAAGAAAGAGUGGAAUUGUUUCCUGUGCAGUGAAUCAUCCCAUGUACUGAGUAAUUCGUUGGUAAACCCGAGAGACGACUGGAAAAUGAGAAUUCAAAAAAUGUUUUCUAUCAAUCGUCAUUCUAUCUCUCAUUACAUGCAGUACUACGAGCAGAAAAAGAAAAUUCGUGUGCUAUCGCUUUUCGAUGGCAUCAGUUCUGGUUUUCUGGGUCUUCAGCGCCUUGGAAUUGAUAUCGACGCAUAUUUCGCGAGUGAAAUAGAUACAGACGCCGAAUUAGUGAGCAAAGUACACUUUGGCACGACAAUAAUUCGAUUAGGAGACGUCAGGAAUAUCACGCGGGAAAUAUUGAAUAAUUUAUUGCCUAUCGAUUUAUUAAUCGGCGGUUCGCCAUGCAACGAUUUAAGUUUAGUGAAUCCAAAACGUCGAGGAAUUCAUGAUCCUAAUGGAACAGGAAUUCUCUUUUUCGAAUAUUGUCGGAUAAAAAAUGACAUUGAAGAAGCGAAUGAAGGCAGAAAUCUGUUCUGGUUGUUCGAAAAUGUCGCGUCAAUGCCCGAGGAAUAUAAAAAAGAAAUUGACAAGAAUCUCAGAUGUGAACCUGAUCUCAUCGACUCCGCGGAAUUUUCUCCUCAACACAGGCCACGAUAUUACUGGACAAACAUCCCCAUGGCAUCCUACACUCCACUCGUGAAAGAUCUCCAAGAUGUCUUGACCCCAAAUUGCAAUCGUCACGCAUUAGUCAAGAAAAUUCGUACAGUCACCACUCAAUUGAAGUCAUUAAAACAAGGUUCGAGAGCCUUGAAGCCAAUAAUAAUGGGUGAGGAGUACGACUGCCUCUGGACAACCGAAUUAGAAGAGAUUUUUGGAUUUCCUCGUCAUUACACCGACAUAAAAAAUUUGAGUGCAACUAAACGCCAGAAAUUGAUUGGUCAAGCUUGGUGUGUCAGGACAAUUACCGAAAUCCUAAGGCCCUUGAAACAUUAUUUUUCUCUCAACAAGAUUUGCAAUUAAUAAUAAUUAAUCAUUCAAUUUUUUCCUACUGUCCUUAAAUUUUGCAUUGAAAUACUAGAGAAACAUAUUCUCUCUGUCAAACUAUCAAUCUGUUAAUUCAGAAGCUAGAGAAAUUAGUGUUUAAUUCAUUCUUUACAGUUGUCAGUAAA